AUUUGAUUUUUCUCUUCAACUAUCUGCCACUCUAAUCUAAAAUGGUUCCCCUUUUCAAUUUAUGAACUAAAUUCAUCUGGGUAUCUUUCAAAUAUCGAUUUCGAUCCUGCAUUUUGUCUUUAUAAUGGCCACUGUUACUUCACUUUCUUUCUGCGGAGUCGCUCAAUCACCAUCCGAUAGAAAACUCUGUCUCUCGUCUUCGGCUCGCUGCCUUCUUUCCAAUUCCGAUGCGUUUAGGGUUCGUUCAAGCUUCUCAUUUCAUUCAAUAAGCUUUCGAGCUUCGAAUUCAAGUUCUCGCUUUGUUGUUCAUUGCAUGUCUUCCGGAUCAGCUCCACCACCAGUGUCUGAGACAAAAUUGAAAUUUCUCAAUUCUUACAAACGGCCGAUACCAAGUAUCUACAACACGGUGCUGCAAGAACUAAUUGUACAACAACAUCUAAUGAGAUACAAAAAGACCUAUCGUUAUGAUGCAGUAUUUGCUUUGGGGUUUGUUACUGUUUAUGAUCAACUUAUGGAAGGAUACCCAAGUGAUGAUGAUCGAGAAGCCAUCUUCCAAGCAUAUAUUAAUGCACUAAACGAGGAUCCACAACAGUACAGGGGUGAUGCAGAGAAAUUGGAAAUGUGGGCCCGUGCUCAAAACUCUAGUUCAUUGGUCGACUUUUCAUCUAAAGCAGGAGAGAUUGAGGACAUACUGAAGGAUAUUGCAGAUAGAGCUGGGGGUAACGGAAGUUUCAGCUAUAGUCGUUUUUUUGCUGUUGGUUUGUUUCGCCUUCUAGAGUUGGCAAAUGCAACAGAACCCACCAUUUUGGAGAAGCUUUGUGGCGCACUGAACAUCGAUAAAAGAAGCGUGGAUAGGGAUCUUGACGUUUAUCGUAACCUGCUCUCAAAGCUUGUUCAAGCAAAAGAACUUCUGAAGGAAUAUGUCGAGAGGGAGAAAAAGAAACAAGAAGAAAGAAGCGAACCUCAAAAGGCGAACGAAGCAGUUAAAAACUGCUUAGCUGAAAAUCAGUAUGCAACAAAGUACUAAUAAAACCCUUUACAAGCUUUGUCCAGUGUAAAUUGAGCCUCAUAUUUCCUUUCCUUGUGAUAAAAGAAUCAGUAUACAAAUUCUAACGAGAAAUAUUUGAUGCCCAUGUUGAUUUGUAUAACUAUUACUUGAAUUUGUGAAAAAAACAAUAUAAUAUGCAAAUUCUGUUUUAUUUUUUAAA